AAUCUGAAAGUGAAAAUGGUCUCUGUGACGUCGGGGGUAAUUCCGCAAGAUAAACUGCAGGUUGGUGCAAACUGGAGACCAAACGACGCCCAGGACGGGACAGGUAACCGAAACUUUCAGGGAACAGAACCAAAACAGCAGGCAACCAGCAGUAUCAGGAUGGGUCGACUCUACCAAGUGGUGGUGACCGGGUUCAAAGGAGAAAGGAUGACGGUGGAUCUAUGCAACACCGACGAACAGAUGAGGAGCAUGACCGUGGAGCAACUCAAGAACAAGAUCGCAGUCAAACUCCCCCCAAACACGGAACCGGAGCGCAUAAGUUUGAUUUUCGCAGACGAACGGUUAGAUGUAGACUCCAAACUUUUGUCGGACUACGGGAUCCAGCACAUGUCUGUGAUCCAGCUGGUUCUGCAAGUGGACGGAGGACUGUCCCUUUAAACUGGACCGUGUUCCCGCCGCUCCCCGGUUCCUGACCUACGCACUUUGAUAUCCCUCCUCAUUGUUUACUUGUUUACUGUUUAUGUUCAUAAUGUAGCACAUAAUGUAACACAUAUGUGUUUUAUCCAGCCUUAAUAAAUGUGUUAUGUUACCAUA